AUGAAUAUGACUAAACAAAGAAUUAUUGCUCUUUGUCCUGAUAUAUCGAUGCAUAUUGAAGAAAAUUUUUCUUCUAUAACCGUUUUUAACGAUUUUCAAUUAUGGAGAUCGGCCAUUGAUUCAUCACCAAAUGAUCGCUUACAGUUAGUUUUUCCAGCCAUUAACAAUGUAAUCGAAUAUUUGCCGAGAUUAUCAGAAUCAGCACAGAAAGAUACGAAAUUUAUUUAUCUUACGGAUGAAACAAGUGAACUUGUUUCGAAUACAUGCAAAGAUCUUUCCAAUCAUUAUUUGUCUAAUAUACGUAAACCUUUUCAUCAAGAAAACUUACCAUUACAUUUAACUACGCUUCAGGCAAGUAAUAUCAACGAUGAACGGAAUCAACGUUCUUUUGAUCAAGAAGAAUUUCAAAAAUGUAUUAAGCAAUCCAAACAAAUUGUUGUGAAAAAACUUGAACAAACAUCCAUACGCGGUACAACAGUUGUCUUAAGUGAUAAUAUUGUACGACAGCCGGGGAACAUUAGCAAGUUCCACGAUGUAUCUUCUACACAAUGUUUAUCUCUGUAUGACUGCAAUGGUAUUUUAGCCAGAGAAUGUAAAGAUAUACAAAACCAAACGAAUACAAACGAAAACUUAGCUAAUCAAGAUGUAACACAGCUUGAACACGAUUGUAAGAACAAUAAUACAGAUACUGUUGAGUUGAAAUUUCCGUGUAAAACAGAAUGGGGGUGCGGAUACGAUGCUGCUAACAAAGAUCAAUUUGAACGAAAAUUUAUUUGUCCACAAUGCGAGUUACUUUUGAGAGAUCCUGUACAAUUAACCAAUUGCGGUCACCGGAUAUGUCAGUCAUGUAUCCGGCCACAAUCUGAAACUGGAGCGACGUCUGAGCUGUUGAAUCUGCCGUCAUCAUUGCCAUGUGUUGGUGCUAUUUCAUCAACAAUCAAAGUUACCAACGAUUGUUAUUCUCAGCUUCAGCAAUUUUAUGAGACGUUGACAACAUUAACGAGAGAUAUACAGACAUUAAGUGACGACUCGAUUCGUUUAAGUACAGAAUCAUUGCGUCAUCAAAAUCAGUUACAAAUAUAUCAGAAUGUAAUAAACCAACUCAGAGAAUCAACAGCGCAGUUAGACGCGUAUACUACCGGUAUUUCACCUAACCACGAAAUAUUGCAACAAGAAAUUUCAAGCACAAAACAGAAAGUCGAGGAUUUACAAUCAAUCUCCUAUGAUGGAACUUUCAGUUGGAAAGUAAUUAACAUCUCAGAACGAAUGGCCGAUGCUGAAUCAGAAAGACAGACAAGCAUCUAUUCACCACCAUUUUAUUCGUCACCAACCGGCUACAAAAUGCGAAUUCGACUUUAUUUACAAGGCGAUGGAAAUGCUCGACGAACACAUAUGUCCCUCUUCUUCCUGAUAAUGCGCGGUGAAUACGAUGCUAUUCUUAGAUGGCCAUUUAAUUUUAAGGUGACAUUUUGUUUAUUUGAUCAAUCAGGACAACAAAGACACAUUAUUGAUUCGUUUCGCCCCGAUACAAAAUCGAAUAGUUUUCAGCGUCCUCGUAGUGAAAUGAACAUUGCUAGCGGUAUACCAAAAUUUUUUCCAUUACCAAUGAUCUUGCAACAUGAUAAUAAUUAUGUCAAAGAUGAUACCAUGUACAUUAAAUGCUUGAUUGAUUUUGGCGACAUAUCGAAGAUAAUUCUUCCCUACGCUCUCAGUUUAAAUCCCGCAUUACCUCAUCAGGUUCAGCGAAAUAUGAUUCAAGCGGAAACCGAGCGACGAGUCCAACUUCAACAACAAUCGACACCUGCUACCAUCACAACUAUUAAUAGCACUAACAAUAACUUUUAA